GUCGCACCUCAGGCUGGCUGGUUACAUCUCGAUUCCACCUUCGUCCACGUUUGAGUUCUGCGUUCGUGCGUGUAGUAAUCGUCGCUUGCGAUACGUACACAUUUACAAGUUUGUAACCACUUACGUGCCGUGUUAGUAGUAGCAGCGACAGCGACGUAUAAUGCAGCCUGUUUUCGCAUUCUCUCUUGCGAUAGCCGGUUUGGACGAGUAAAAUCGCUCUUUAGGAAUUCGGGAUGAAUAUAGGGUGUACCAUGGGCAUCAUUUAGAUACGGUUUAGCAGGAGGGUGAUAGAAGAGUGAGAGAGCGACUUGGCGAGUCAAAAGAGCUCUCGAAGAUCUAACGAUAUUCCAUGAAAUUGAGUGAAAAUUGACUAAAAAAUUUAGAAAGUUACUGCCACUUUUUUGAACAAGUUUGAAUUUCAAGUCAUCUCAAAUUUAUACCACCGGGAAAUAAUCAGGCGGCCAUUACUAGACGCGAGUCAUUGACACAGAAGUAGGUCCUUAAUAACGAGAGAAGAGCGUUCGCUCGUGCCUACCGGUUAGCAUUUUGCAAAAGGUGUAUCUCAAGAUCGAUCGCGGGAACGUGGACGUGGACAUAAACGUGUGUCGUAACUCCUAGUGCAAACGAGGAAAAUCCGUGUACCAAGCUUCGCCUUUUCCUGCAUAGAUUACGUUUGCCGUAUAGGUUAUGGCUGGACGUCGUUUCUUAUAAACAGUCGUCGGUCAAUAAAUCAUAACCACAAUGACAAUUGGUUCGGAAUUCAUCAGGCAUCUGGUGAAAUCAGGAAAACGAGGAAAGGGUAUGAAUGAGAAUUGAAAUUUAUCGCGUGCGUUGUGUCGCAACAAGUUCUUCACGUUAGAUUUCGUAUAUCUAUAUUUCGUACAUAACGGACAUGGGUGGUGCAAUGUAAGACUUCUUCGUCGGCCUUACAUAAAUAUAUGUAUUGAUUCUAUUAAUUUUUAACCGUCGUGCGUAAAUGCGUGCACGAGUACGGACGUACUGAUGUCUAGGUUUAAAUCAUCACUUCGUCCUAAAGAAUUGUGUAGAAUCCAAAAUGCCAGCAGUUAUGGAAAUAAGGACCAUGUUCGUACGUGCAAGGUUAGGUAGUACUUGAAUAUGUAUACAGUACACACGAUAUACGCAAAGUCAUAUAGUACAACUUCGAUUCGGCCACUGUUCCGUUACGUGGACAUAUACGAUGUAUCCCUCUUGGUAUUCGCGUAAUCUCGAUGCUCUCAUGCACGUUAGAUGAGAGCCGUUCUUAUCAAAGUUUGUUGACCCGCUGCCACGUGGAAUAGCACGUGCAAACACAGCAAGAUUUCACGAGGAACAUCCAGGCUUGGUUUUCCCACUUUCUGCGUCAACGUAACGGGCUAUUUGGUUAUCCUGGUGUACCAAGAGGUUGUCUAAGGUUCCUGUAGAAAUGAGGUAAAAUAGGUAAAGGAACUAAAGAUCCAUGGCCGUAUUGAUCCUCGCAAGAAGGACGCGUAUCUUAGAGGCGUCUAGUAAGAGAGGACAAAGAAAAGGAGGGAGGCGUUGUUCUUGCUCUUCCAAGAACUCCGGCUAGAAUUUAGGCUAUGAGGAGCUCCUGCCGAAUCUGGAACAGCUCGGUCAUUGGCCCCACGUUCAAUUCCUUCCUUAAGAUUUUCUCUCCCACUUCAUCAUCAUCAUCAUCAUCAUCAUCAGGCUCAGUUUUAUCUAACGCACAUAUCUAACGUCUUCACGGCGAAUGAGCCCCCCAGCAGUCUGCUGGACUCCUCGUUAUUGCUAAUUUAUCGUCCCUUACGUAUCAUCCGCUCCGAUCCGUAAGUUUACCUGGCAGCCCCUUCACUCGGCAGUUCAUGCGAAUCUUGUAAUCCUGCGAUCGUGCGACCUGCACGAUCCUCUCUUUGCCAACUCAGGGGAAUAAAAAAAGCCUCUCUUGAACUGCAUACACGUGAUACAAAAAUAUACAAUCAAGUAUGUGGAUAUACAUGAACUACGUAGAGGUACCAGUACGUGAAGGUUGUUACUUCCUUGAGGUGUGGAGCUCGAAAGUGGUUGUCCAGGUUGACUGGUGUACCCAGGUGUACUGAUGCUUUUUCGGCGGGAAGAGAAAGGGUGCGGUCGGUGGACGAGACUCUAUACCUGGUGCUAAUGAUAGCCAAACAUGCAGUCAUUUAUGAAGACUGAAAAUUUUGCAUGGCCGGAUCACGUCCAGAUGAAACGAGAACCAUAGACCUUUCUUCUUGGCUCCUUUGCUUAGCUGAAAUUCAAAAAGACGAUCUAUCAGGCUUGGUGAACAUAGCUCACGAUCGGCCCAACGUCAACGACCGCAUUUGCUCCGAUUUUUUUCAUCGAGCUGCGCAUUGUUCGAUUUCACGGAGUUUUUCAAAGAAUUCCAUACCGAUGAGGGUUGUCCAUGUUUAUGCUGGUACGAAAAAAUCUUCAGGGUACGAACCACUGCAUCCUAAUGAUACUAAGAUAACGCUGAUGGGUCACAUAUACUCGCCUGUCGGCUUUCGGCUGCCGAAUUAUAUUGACCCACAUGCGAUCUCCCCAGGCGUCCAAAUACCAGAGAGUGCGGACGCCUGCCUUGAGGCGUUCGGAUAUUCUUUGCUUCAAGCUGAUCCAGCCAAUGCUUCUUCUACCACGUACACUGCGAAUCGGAUAACCAGUGCUACGAUCUUCAGAAGAGCGACAUCUACGACAUUGUACCACAGCUUUGUAAUCUUUGCCAGUUAUCUUGGUUCCCGAGCUGUAAGUCAUCGCGGUACUCAUGGCAAAGCAAUUCCACCAGCGCCACGUUUCGUCGGUGUCUUCAACGACAAUUAUGAUCACGAUAAAAUCGCGGAGAGUAUUAGAUCCUGGACUCCAAAAGAUCAGCAGAACGUAUGGGAACUCAGCGGCCUUUACGAAGGUGACAUUAUGCUGCACCCUGACGAACCCGACACGAAAAAUGGACUCCUUGAUGCAACCGCUAAAUGGCCUGGUGGUGUUGUACCUUAUUAUAUCCAGGAAGAUGAUUUCGACCAGGACGAAAUAACGCUGAUCAAGAAAUCCAUCGAGGAAUAUCACGAAAAGACCUGCCUGAAAUUUCGACGUUACAAAGAGACUGACGAGGACUACUUGACUAUACAAGGAUCACAAUCUGGCUGCUGGUCUUUGGUUGGACGUCAUGGAAAAGGGCAAGUUCUUAAUCUUCAGACUCCUGGUUGCGUCCAUCGUGGAGUCGUUGUUCAUGAGGUAAUGCACGCCUUGGGAUUUUAUCAUCAACAAAGCGCUGCUGAUAGGGAUGAAUGGGUUAAAAUACAUUGGGACAAUAUACAAACAGGCAAGGAACAUAAUUUCAAUAAGUAUGACAGUGAUACUGUGACUGACUAUGGUAUUGGAUAUGAUUACAAAAGUAUUAUGCACUAUAGUGCUCAUGCAUUCUCCAAAAAUGGAGAACCUACAAUUAGUCCAAUUAAAGAAAAAGUGGAAAUUGGACAACGAAAGGGUCUCAGUGAAAAGGACGUGGCCAAGGUACAGUUUAUGUACAAAGAGGAAUGCGAUACUCGUGAACCCGGAGGAAGCGUUGUCACUAGUACCACUACUACGGAUUCUGGAAUUCUAGGCUGGAUUUUCGAUUGACUAACCCGGCGUCUGGAAUAAAUGAUAUAGAGAUUGAGAAACUUGAGAAAAAGAACUUUUAUUAGAAUUAACAGAUAAUCUCCAUUUUGAAUAAACUCCCUCGUUGUGA